AUGGAGCCCGGCGCCAUGAAGCUCGCUCCAGCCACGGAGGAGGCGCUCGACUAUGAAGUGGCGCCGAACUCAGAAGAGGUGGUGGUGGUUUCGGAGGAAGCGCCGGAGUCCGAGUUGGCGCCCAACUCAGAAGAGGCGCUGGACUUGGAGAUGGCGAUGGACUCUGUCGAGGUGCCGCUGGUGGUGCCGGACAACGUCGAGAUGGUGGCGGACUCCGUGGAGAGGGACUUCGUCGAGUGUCUAUGUCCUCGCUGCGGCACGAUCCAUGCUGGCGGCGUCUUCGGAGAAGAAUGCUUCCAAGCUCGCCGCCGUGCUCGCAUGUGUGCCCGUUGUGGCCUUCUCCACGAAGACUAUGAGCUCCCAGCAAGGUUUUUUCACUUCAUGGAGAAGUUUGACUGUGAGUUCUACAUUCCGGAUGUGGAGAAACUUCAAAUGAGAGGUAACACAAUACUUCUUCCUAACGAUGUUGUCGAGAAGUUGGAAGAGAUCCACAAUAUGAAGAAGUUGGAAGAUGCAAAGAUGAACCAAGAUGAAAAGAAAGAACAGUAA